CUGACCAGCGACAGAUCUCUGCCAUUGCACAAGAUUGAUCUCCCUCAGCUACAAACGGUGGUCAGUAACAAUGUCGAAAGCAUCGGGCCGUGAUACUGGCUCUGCCAAAUCGCGAAAGCGCGGCGGCGAAUCCAACGACGACUUUCCUAAGCGCCCCAAGAUCGAAGCCAAGACAGACCCCUCGAAAUGGAGAAUGAAGGACGAUGAUAGUCGACACACCUGGCAUUACUUGACAGAUAGUAAAGAAGCCAAGGAAUGGCCCCAGAGCUACGCCGAAAAAUACUAUUUGAACCUGCCUCUUGACCUCCCCGACCUCUCGAAAGCCACAAAUGCCCUCGAAGCAGCACAGAACGGACUAGAAUUCUUUGAGAAGCUACAACUGCCGUCUGGACACUGGGGCUGUGAAUAUGGCGGACCAAUGUUCCUUCUCCCCGGCAUUGUCGUAUGCUGGUAUGUCACCAAGACCCCCAUCCCGUCUGCGUAUGCCACAGCAAUCAAGAAUUAUCUUGCUGCUCGUGCAAACCCAGAGGAUGGCGGUUGGGGCUUACAUAUUGAAGGCGAAAGCACUGUGUUUGGAACAGUCAUGAACUACACAGCCUUGCGACUGGUCGGAAUUGAUCCCGAGGACCCCAUGAUGGUCAAAGCUCGUGCUACUCUUCACAAGCUGGGAGGAGCUACACACUCUCCUCAUUGGGCCAAGUUUUGGCUUGCCGUUUUGGGUGUUAUGAAUUGGGAUAUCGUCAACCCUGUUCCCCCUGAGAUUUGGCUGCUCCCUGACUGGCUGCCCAUCUCCCCAUGGAGAUGGUGGAUCCAUAUCCGUAUGGUUUUCCUGCCCAUGGGCUAUAUCUACUCGAAGAAAUGGAGCUGUGAAGAGACAGACAUUAUUCGUGGUCUAAAGGACGAGCUGUUUGUACAGCCCUAUACUGAAAUUAACUGGGCUGCCCACCGCAACAGCAUCGCCACAGGCGACAACUACCACCCCAAGUCAUGGCUCCUCAACAGCGCCAACUGGUUCCUCGUGAAUAUUUACAACCCAUACUUGAGAAUGAAUUUUAUCAAGGAAAAGGCCGAAGAAUGGUCUAGCCAAUUGGUUGAUAUGGAAGAUGCAAACACAGACUUUGCCGAUCUUGCACCUGUCAACGCCCCAAUGAACACCAUUGUUUGCUAUAUUCGGGACGGACCGGGUUCCAAGACUGUGGAGCGUCAUAUCGAGCGAUUGGAAGAGUUCCUGUGGGUCAAGGAUGAGGGUAUGCUGGUGAAUGGAACAAACGGCGUGCAGUGCUGGGAUACAGCCUUCUUAAUCCAGGCUGUCUUCGAGGCUGGCCUGGGCAACGACAAGAGGUGGAAGCCUAUGCUUCUCAAGGCGUUGCACUAUCUUGAUCGUCAACAGAUCCGAGAAAACUGUGAGGAGCAAGAGAAAUGCUACAGACAGACACGCAAGGGAGGCUGGCCGUUCAGUAACAAGGACCAGGGCUAUGGUGUGAGCGACUGCAUCUCAGAGGCUCUGAAAGGUAUCAUCUUGCUUCAAAAGGAAGGUGACUACCCCCAGGUUCUUGACGAUCAGCGCAUCUUUGACGCCAUUGACACUCUUCUGCUUUACCAAAACUCCAACGGCGCAUUGUCAUCAUAUGAAGCUCGACGAGGAGGCGAAUACCUGGAAAUGCUCAAUGCCGCCGAAGUAUUUGGAAGAAUCAUGAUUGAGUACGACUAUCCCGAGUGCACCACAGCUUGUGUCACCGCUCUGUCCCUCUUCAAGAAACACUGGCCCGAUUACCGUGGCAAGGAGAUUGACGUUUUCAUUCGUCGAGCAACGAGCUGGAUCAAGACAAACCAGCGCCCAGAUGGUAGCUGGUAUGGCAGCUGGGGUAUUUGCUUCACGUAUGCAACCAUGUUUGCCCUUGAGAGUAUGGCUAGCAUCGGAGAGAAGUACUCCAACAGCGAGGUAGCUCGCCGCGGUUGUGAUUUCCUCAUCUCCAAGCAGCGUGAGGACGGCGGCUGGUCUGAAAGCUACAAGGGCUGUGAAACCAUGGUAUACCAUGAACACCCAAGUGGCUCGUUGGUCGUGCAGACAGCAUGGGCCCUAAUUGGUUUAUUGGAAGCCGACUACCCCAAUCUUGAACACUUGAAAAGUGCCGUAAAGUUGAUCAUUGACAGACAACAAGACAAUGGUGAAUGGCUACAGGAGGCAAUCGAAGGUGUAUUCAACAAGUCUUGCAUGAUUUCCUACCCCAACUAUAAGUUCACCUUCACUAUCAAGGCAUUGGGCUUGUUUGCGAGAAAGUACCCGAACGAGAAGUUUUGAAUGAAUUGAUGCUAGUAGACAGAAUAAUUAAUAAAAUUUAAUGCAAUAAAAAUUUUAAAGCCAAUA